AUUGGACCAUCUUAUCCUGCUAGACCCUUUUGUACUUCGUGCAUUUCUUAAUCUAAAAAUAUCAACGGAAGAAUCCCUCGCGGUCCUCAAAAGGAAACGCGCAACGCUUAAGAGUUCGUGCACGCGAAUUCGCACUUACGUCGAGUCAGUAGGGGCGGUCACUCCCGCCAUUGCGGCUCAAUUGCAGGAGCGUAAAGACAAGCUCGAUCACUAUUGGUCCGAGUAUGAUCAAAUUCAAUCGAAUCUCGAAGCAUUAGACGAGAAGGAGGAAGCCGAUCGCGCAGGCUUUGAAGAAGCCUUUUAUGUAUUAUCUGCAAAAAUACGCGAAUUGUUAAGUCCGCCGUCUGCGGUCUCGCGCGAUACGACGGCAUCUCCGUCCACUUCGAGUGUUCGUGAAUCACUCAACGGCGUCACGCAGACGCACGUACGUCUUCCGAAGCUCAAUUUACCUACGUUUUCGGGUAGCUAUGACGAGUGGUUCCCUUUUCACGACAAUUUCAUGUCGGUCAUUCACAAUAAUGUAACGCUCAGUAAUAUUCAGAGGUUUCAGUACCUAAGGGCCUCUCUCACAGGUGAGGCGAGCAAAGUAGUAAAUUCUCUUGAAAUAACCGAAGCAAAUUAUUCGGUCGCGUGGGCACUACUAUGUAAACGGUACGACAAUAAGCGCGUUAUCGUAGAAAAUCACAUCAAAGCUUUGGUAGACACGCCUAGCAUCACGAAAGAAAAUGCAAAGGAUUUAAGAAGACUCGCGGAUGACGCAUCAAGACACUUACACGCCCUUCAGGCGCUAAAAUGUCCAACUAAUCAUUGGGACGAUUUGCUGGUUUACAUACUAAAGUCCAAGUUGAAUAAAGUCACAAUGCGAGAAUGGCAGACGUCACUCACUGGCGACGAACGGCCCACAUUAAAGCAGUUUCUCGAUUUCAUCGCGCAUCAGUGCCAAACUCUCGAAGCUACACACGGUUCGGGAAGUGACAGCGUGGCUAAGGGCGCGGGGGUCGGACAACAAUCGAGCGGCAAACGGCAGUCGUCUAAUGCCGCAACGGUCAAAUCAGGUUGUUAUUAUUGCAAGGGCGAACAUUCUCUGUAUAGCUGUAAGGAUUUCUUGGCGCUUCCGGUGGCGCGUAGAAUUUCCGAGAUACGCGCGCGCAAGAUAUGCCUCAACUGUUUGCGGUCAAAUUCUCAUGUAGCCGCUAAAUGCACAUCGGGACAUUGCAAGAUGUGUCAAGCAAAACAUAACUCUUUACUUCACUUAGAUUCUCCCACAGCUGAAGCCACGGACAAGAACGUGAGCAAGACUGAGGAAGUAAAGUCGAUUAACGCGUCUUCAAUUUUAGCGACGCAUUCCUCCGAAUAUAGCGCUGGCAACAAUGUCAUUCUGUCAACCGCGCUGGUAUACGUGAUCGACAAAGGGGGCACUCCCAUGCCUUGUCGUGCAUUGCUCGACUCAGGGUCGCAAGCAAAUUUUAUAUCCUCAAAAUUCCUAGCAACGCUUAACAUAAAUCCGCGGCAUUUUAAUGUUUCCAUAUCAGGAGUCGGCGGUUCCGCCGCAACGUCCUCUCGAGCAGCUCAAAUUAAGCUACAGUCGCGGGUCAGUUCUUACAAUGCUCACAUUGAUUGCAUAGUUACAGAUAGCGUUACCGAAAGGCUACCAUCAUUUUCACUCAAGCGAGCCGAUUUCAGUUUUCCGCACAAUAUCAAAUUAGCGGAUCCACGAUUUCACGUAUCUUCAGAGAUCGAUUUACUAAUAGGGGCAGAAAUAUUUUGGGAUAUAGUGUGCAUAGGUCAGAUUAAGGCUUCUUCUAAACAUCCUACGUUGCAAAAAACACGUCUGGGAUGGAUACUCGCUGGGCGUACAAGCAAUGCGCCUCAAGCUACCACAAGGGUACAUUCGUUGCAUGCCUCAGUAUCCGAUACACAGUUGCAUUCGGAGUUAAAACGAUUCUGGGACAUGGAUGAAACAACAGUUCAGGAAAGCAGUCUUACGAUGGAGGAGAACUCAUGUGAACGGCGUUUUCUCGACAGCGUUCAGCGGAACCAGCAGGGUCGACUCGUAGUUCAGCUCCCCAUUAAGAAACAUUUGAUACAAAGAAUCGGUGAUUCACGGAACAUUGCCUUGAAUCGUCUGAGGACGUUGGAGAGGCGUUUCAAGCGCGAGCCGGAGGUUAAGGUUGCAUAUUCUCAGUUCUUAGAUGAGUACCUGGCACUCGGUCACAUGCGUCUCGCGAAUCCAUCAGGCAAAGAGGUAUGGCCAUCAGUUUACCUGCCUCAUCACUGCGUCUUCAAGAUCACCGGUAAUUCUUCAAAAAUUAGAGUCGUUUUCGACGCAUCAUCCAAAGGCAGCAAUGGGCUGUCACUCAAUGACACGUUGAUGGUGGGACCGGUCGUUCAGCAGGACCUAGCGUCCACAUUGACGCGUUUUCGUACAUUCCAAUAUGUUGUAGUCGCGGACAUAAUUAAGAUGUACCGUCAGAUAUUGUUGGAUCCAUCACAGACCUGUCUACAAAAAAUUCUGUGGCGAAACGGUCCCGCGGAUAAUGUCGAGAAGUACGAAUUACUCACACUCACUUACGGCACCUCUUCGGCCUCGUAUCUAGCAACUAAAUAUCUUGUUUAUCUCGCUAGCCAGCUAUCACGGAAAUACCCUAUAGGCGCGAAGCACGUUAUGCGUGAUUUCUACAUGGAUGAUAUGCUUACAGGAGCAAAUACUAUCGAGGAGGCGAGGACUAUUCGAGACGAGGUAAUUCAAUUGUUGAAAGAGGGAGGAUUUGAGCUCGGCAAAUGGGCGUCCAACAACAUGGAGUUGCUUGAGGGCAUCAAUAAUCAAAACGAUCAACCGAUUGACAUUCAUGGCGACAUCGAAUCUUGUAUCCUAGGCACCAAAUGGGAUCGUCAUGAAGACGCUUUUUUCUUCUGUUGCAAGGAAGCGUCCGCUGACAAAAUCACGAAGCGUCAUAUAGUAUCGGACACAGCUAAAUUAUAUGACCCCUUAGGUUUGCUAGGGCCUGUUAUUAUUAUCGCUAAGCUUAUCGUUCAGGAGCUUUGGCAGUCGGAGGUUCAAUGGGACGAGUCAGUCCCUCUCAACAUUCACACACGAUGGGUUGAAUUUAGAGCGCAAUUAGAUUCACUAAAUCAUUUACGAAUUCCACGUUUUGUCAAUUUCAGCAUGGACACGCAAUCAACGCAAAUUCAUGGGUUCUGCGAUCCGAGCCAGAACGCAUAUGGGGCUUGCAUCUAUGUUCGCACGAGGACAACACCCCACGAAUAUCGUAGCGAGUUACUAUGUUCUAGAUCGAGAGUUGCUCCUCUUAAGGCGAUGUCUCUUCCGAGACUCGAGCUAUGCGCAGCGUUAUUGUUGGCACGUCUUAUCGCUAAGGUUCGAGAGGCCAUACGCAUAGAGCACUUGAAAGUCUUUCUUUGGUCUGAUUCCACCAUCGCCCUUAAUUGGAUAACCUCGCCAUCCCGGAGGUGGUCCACCUUCGUGGCAAAUCGAGUAGGUGAGGUGCAGCGAAUCACAGAAAUUGAACAUUGGCAUCAUGUCAGUUCGUCGGACAAUUCCGCCGACAUCCUUUCACGAGGUUUGAACCCUAAUGAAUUAAUCAACUCUGCUCAAUGGUGGCACGGCCCAUCCUUCCUACAGAGGGAUGACGAUCAAUGGCCAGACAGUUCCGUGGUUAGGUUACAACAUGAGAUUCCCGAGCAGAGGAAGAUAGUUUCGACUGUAGCUACGGUAGACAACUGCAUUGUCAGUGAGUUGAUAAAUAGACAUUCUAGUAUCGACAAGGUUUCGAGAAUCAUAGCUUAUUGCCUGAGGUUCUUCAAGGCACGGCGUCCAGGCACGCCGGCAAUUAGUGUAGCACCAGCAGAAUUGUCAUACGCUCGAAGCGUUAUAUGUAGAAUCGUGCAAAGGCAGUCCUUCGACAAGGAAUAUAUGGCAUUACAAGGCGGGGGCACAAUCGUUUCUUCUAGCAAGUUACUUCCCUUGGCUCCCUUUUUGGACAAGAAAGGGCUUCUGAGGGUGGGAGGUAGGUUAAGUCAGUCGAACCUUGAAUACGAGGCGCGCCACCCGAUAUUACUGCCACGCGGUCACAUGCUUACCAAGUUAAUCAUAGAACAAGAACAUAGGCGUACAUUACAUUCCGGGGCGCAAGCAACCAUGGCCAGCGUCAGACAGAGGGCCAGGCCGCGUCAGUCAGAGGCCGUUAUGGGCUCAUUACCAGCGGAACGCGUUACGCCAUCCAAGUCAUUCUCGCAUUGCGGCGUAGACUACGCCGGACCGGUAUUCAUUAAGGACGGUAGGAGACGUAAUGCUCAAUUGCGUAAGGCAUACGUCUCAAUUUUCAUUUGUUUCGCUACCAGAGCUGUUCACAUUGAACUUGUAAGUGAUUUGACUACCGAUGCAUUUAUUGCAACUUUUAAAAGAUUUAUUUCGCGAAGGGGAAAGCCCUCUCAGAUGCAUUCCGACAAUGGAACCGCUUUCAUAGGGGCCCGAAGGCAAAUUAAAGAGCUCUACGAAUUUUGUAGCAGUCAACAAGCGAAAUCAGACAUACAGCAAUUUUUACACAAUCAGGAAAUAUUGUGGAACUUUAUCCCACCGAAUGCGCCUCACGUUGGCGGGCUCUGGGAAGCAGCCGUUAAGUCGGCUAAGCAUCAUCUUACUCGUAUAGUAGGUCGAGCUCAUUUGACGUUUGAAGAGCUACAGACUGCACUUUGCGAGAUCGAAGCAGUUCUAAACUCGCGUCCUAUUACCCCCCUAAGUGCGGAUCCAAACGAUUUGAGUUGUCUCACUCCGGGUCAUUUUCUCAUUGGCGAGCCACUGAAUAGUUUUCCUUGCAGAGACGUAAGCGAUUUGAACGAGAACCGGCUCAUUCGCUGGCAGAGAGUCGAACAAAUCCGUCAACAUUUUUGGCGCAGAUGGAGCGUCGAAUACCUUCAUUCGUUGCAGGAAAGGACGAAGUGGAGAAGCAACAAGGGUUUACAAUUACAACCAGGUCAAUUGGUAUUGGUCAAGCAGCAGAACUUGGCGCCGUUGCAAUGGGAAACGGGCCGCAUCCAAGAGACUCACCCUGGGCCAGAUGAUUUGGAAUCUCAAUUGAAAAGACUUCUCAAUGAUGAAAGUAUCGUUAAUUCUCUUCUGUCAUAUAGAUUUUGUUACGCAGAUAAUAAUGAUGGUGUUCCUACAGGUACAUCUUCUGGUAAGACAAUGUGGCCUAUUUACAUUACAUUAAAUGAACUAUCACCAAAAGAAAGAACUGAACAUGUUUUACUUGCUGGAUUAUAUAUUGGGACAAAAGAUCCCAAUCAUCAGGAGACGCGGUAG